GGAAGAUGGCUGCGUCCCAGCAGCAGGCUGCUGCGGCUUCGUCCGCUGCAGGUGUGUCGGGUCCGGGUUCGUCUGGUGGCCCGGGUCCCCAGCAGCAGCCGCAACCACCAGCACAGCUAGUGGGGCCUGCCCAGAGCGGGCUUUUGCAGCAACAGCAACAGGACUUCGAUCCAGUGCAGCGUUAUAAGAUGCUCAUCCCGCAGUUGAAGGAGAGCCUGCAGACCUUGAUGAAAGUCGCAGCCCAGAACUUGAUUCAGAACACUAACAUUGACAACGGACAAAAGAGCAGUGACGGACCUAUACAGCGCUUUGACAAGUGUCUGGAGGAGUUCUACGCACUCUGUGACCAGCUGGAGCUCUGCCUGCGCCUGGCACACGAGUGCCUGUCCCAGAGUUGCGACAGCGCCAAGCACUCUCCAACGCUGGUGCCCACAGCCACCAAACCGGACGCUGUGCAGCCUGACAGCCUGCCCUACCCGCAGUACCUGGCAGUCAUCAAAGCCCAGAUUGCCUGUGCCAAGGACAUUCACACCGCUCUGCUGGACUGUGCCAACAAGGUCACGGGCAAGACACCUGCACCACCUACAGGCCCUGGGGGCACCCUGUGAGCUGGCAGGGCUGGGAGUGGGGCAGGCCGAAGGGGAAGGGGACCAGGAGGGAAU